AACGACAGCAGCAACCGCCUGUGUGCUGUGUGCACUGGGAGCCUGGGACGCGUUCCCCUCCCACCCACGUGCCGACGACCACGCCUCCGUGCCGGGUAAACCGCCUACAAACCACACCGCGCGCAUAGGCCCCCACGGGAUUCUCACGCCAACACAGGCAAUCCAGUUCCGUCCCCUCCCAUCCCCUCCUCACAACACCCCCCACAGCCCCCAAAUGCUCCUCCACGCCUCCGCUUCCCGUCGCCGGCUCCCAAAACCCUAGCGCCCACGCCGCCUCGAUGUCGCCUCCGCCGGCGGUGGCGACGGGCGGUUCCGGAGAACCCACGGUGCCGGCGUGGCUCCGCGGCCUCCCGCGCGCCCCGGAGUACCGCCCCACGGAGUCGGAGUUCGCCGACCCCAUCGCCUUCCUCUCCCGCGUGGAGCGCGAGGCCGCCGCCUACGGCAUCUGCAAGGUCAUCCCGCCCUACCCGCGCCCCUCCCGCCGCUUCGUCUUCGCGCACCUCAAUCGCUCCCUCGUCUCCUCCUCUGAAGCCGCCAACCCCACCACUGCCUCCGGCUCCUCCGCCACUGCCCCCUCGCUGCCGGAAUCCGCCGCUGUGUUCACGACCCGUCACCAGGAGCUUGGCACGCCGCGGCGUGGGCGACCGCCUCCGCAGGUGCUCAAGCAGGUGUGGCAGAGCGGCGAGCGGUACACGCUCGACCAGUUUGAGGCCAAGUCCCGCGCCUUCUCCAAGAUCCACCUCGCUGGGCUUCGCGAGCCUACUCCACUAGAGGUGGAAUCCCUUUUCUGGAAGGCGUCCGCUGACAGGCCUAUCUAUAUCGAGUAUGCGAAUGACGUUCCGGGGUCUGGCUUUGCCGCCCCAAAACAGUCCCAGCGGCACAAGAAACGGAGACGAGAGAGCGAUCAGGUGGAAGAGGGGGAGAAAGGCUCUGGGUGGCGGCUCUCAGGAAGCCCAUGGAACCUCCAGGCGAUUGCGCGGGCUCCUGGUUCGCUUACGCGAUUCAUGCCAGAUGAUGUGCCUGGGGUUACCUCGCCAAUGGUGUACAUCGGGAUGCUCUUUAGUUGGUUUGCAUGGCAUGUAGAAGAUCAUGAAUUGCACAGUCUCAACUUCCUUCACACCGGUGCACCCAAGACAUGGUAUGCAGUCCCUGGGGACCGAGCCUCAGAGCUCGAGGAAGUUAUUCGUGUACAUGGAUAUGGAGGAAACCCUGACCGCCUUGCAUCGCUGGCAGUGCUUGGGGAGAAGACAACAUUGAUGUCUCCAGAUGUUCUUGUAGCCCGUGGUGUGCCCUGCUGUAGGUUAGUACAGUAUCCUGGAGAGUUUGUGGUGACAUUCCCAAGGGCAUACCACAUUGGGUUUAGUCAUGGAUUUAAUUGUGGUGAAGCUGCCAACUUUGCAACUCCACAAUGGUUAAAAUUUGCUAAAGAGGCUGCCGUACGAAGGGCUGUGAUGAAUUAUCUUCCGAUGCUCUCUCAUCAGCAGCUUCUGUACUUGCUAGCAGUUUCUUUUAUAACCAGAACCCCAAAUGUAUUGUCUGGAAUUCGUUCUCGCUUGAGAGAUCGGAAAAAAGAAGAAAGAGAACUGCUGGUGAAGCAGGAAUUCUUGCAGGACAUGAUUAGUGAAAACAAGCUUUUGUGUUCUUUCCUGGAAAAGAAAUCAAUUCGUCAUGUUGUGCUCUGGGAGCCUGACUUGUUACCAUCUUCGACUGCUCUACAUUCCUGUUCUUCUGGCUCAAAAGCUCCUGAGAAGAAGUCUGAGGAUGGUUGCAGAAUUGAAUCUAGUGAACGUGGCACCAAAGAUAACAGCUCUGAUGGCAGUGCACAUAUGAUUGGCGCACAAACUAAAUUUAUGUCCGGGAAUAGCAAAUCAUCUGGAACUGCAUCUGCUUCCAUGGAUGAGGUCAAUGCUGAUACUGAUGAUGAGGAUGACCUACCUUUUGAUUUGAGCAUUGAUUCUGGGUCAUUGACCUGUGUUGCUUGUGGAAUUCUUGGUUAUCCAUUCAUGGCAAUUCUGCAACCUUCAAGAGAAGUAUUGGAAGGGAUUUCCCUUGCUCACACGAGUAGAUACAAGAUGAGUUCUGAAAAAGAUAAUUGUUCAAACACAAUUCCAUGCUGUCCCACUGACAGAUGUUCAUUUGUUCCCAGUAGACCUUCUUGGCCUGCGGAACAGCAAUGUCUGGCUACUCCUUUGGGGCAAGCUAACAUCAGUCAUCAGAAUGUAAAUUCACAUAAAGAUGUUUGUUUAAGGGAGAAUGAACCUAAUGGGCCUGUGCCACAAUGUAACAAUAUUUCACAUUCUUGCAGAAGUGAAAAUACUCUUCAUUCAUGUAGUGACAGGGGAAAAUCCGAGAAUAAGAUUUCUGAGGACAGUCUUGGCCCAGAAGUAGGUGAACAAACAGGCAAAUAUGUCAUCAAUGCGCAAGCUGCAGAAAGUUCUGAUGGUACUAUUAACUGGAAUACUUAUUGUACAUUUGCACGGCCCCGGAUCUUUUGCCUGCAGCAUGCCCUUGAGAUUGAAAAGUUGCUUGAGGGCAAAGGCGGUGUCCAUGGUCUCAUUAUUUGCCACUCAGACUUUGUCAAACUAAAAGCACUUGCAAUAUCAGUAGCUGAGGAAAUUGAGUUUCAAUUUGAUUGUACAGACAUUUCACUUGCAAAAGCAUCAAAGUCUGAUUUACAUCUGAUCAAUAUUUCAAUUGACGACGAGGGACAUGAGGAAGAUGGAAGAGACUGGACGUCACAGAUGGGUCUAAACCUGAAAUAUUCUGCCAAACUCAGGAAAGAGAAAUCAGAAAAUCAAGAACAGUCUCCUUUGCCAUUUGGGGGACUGCUUUCCUGCCCUUCGCCUGUUUCGGUUGUUCCUAAUCUUAAGUGGCUUUGCAAAAGAGCGCGGACACCAUACACAGUUAUUGGUACUAUGAGGGGUUCUAGUGCAACAGCAACUGCUGCGGAACUUAAGCCUGGAGUGAAAACAGAAAUAUUCACUAAUGGAAAUGUUUGCGAGGAUGACAAUAGACAUCAUUCUUUUCGACAAACUGGCCUCGAGCAACCAGGUGGACUGCAAGAUUGUGAUAAGCCUUCAUGUUCCGAGGAGAAUGGCCAUGGAAGACAUUGUCUUGUUAACAUUCCUAUCGCUGUUGCUGAAUAUCCUAUGAUGCAUCAAGUCCGUGAGGGUCCAGUGAGUGUUAGCACGUGCAAUGACUCCAUUUGUUUGUCAGGUUCCCUGGAUUUACCUCCACACGCCUCUCCAGUUGAAGUAACUAGAUACCUAGGAUGUAUACAGUCAACUGAGCUGAGCAGUUUACCAGCCUUUUCUGUUCAACAUUUCUUUAAUGAUGAAAGUACCUCUGUGGAAGGAAGCAUAGACUGUGUAAGCAAUGGCUGCUUAGAAUCUCAGGAUGAUAUUUUAGGGAGCAGAGAUGAACGUUUGCAAGUUCAACAAUAUCAAGAGAAGAUGGGGCUUCGCAAUAACCCCAAUAUGAAGUCAGUUGAUUCACACCUGAUAGAAGGUUUGGCUGUAUCAGAAGGAAAGCAUGGGGAAACUGUGGCAGCAUUCCUUGAAAACAAGGAGCGUUGUGCUAAGACAUCCUACUGUUCUAAUACUGAAACAAAAACUACUAAAUCUGCAAUAGACAAUCGAUUGGAGACUCAUCAUCUGGGUACUGGUCCAGUGAAACUAAAUUCAAGCUUUAAUGAGAUGCACAGUGCUGAUAGACAAUGCAGUUUAGUCUUUGGCUGCCUUGACUCAGCUGAUGUUCCUGCUUCAACUCAGGCUCUGUCAGUUUCACCUGUUUUGAUGAGUGACGAGCAGCAGGUCGAUGACGCCCAUUCUGCUGUCAAGGCCAUUGAGCACCUGGGCAAUAAUCUGGCUAACAUAAAGCACAAAUCCCUGCAUAUGGAUGUCCUCAUGUUAGAGGACGCCCAAGUUGCUUCCAUGGCUGCAGUCCCUGGGCAUGAGGGAGAAUCUGUCGAGGCUGGAUCAAAUUCUUUUGAUAUUUUACUUGGAGCUCUGGCUGAAGAGUCCAAGGCAGCAGAUGCUCCUGGGAAAGAUGAAGUUGGCAAAGCUUCCUUGACAUUAAUAACACUGGCUAGCAACGAGCCCUCUGUUACAGAAGGCAGAGUUGUAGACGUGGUGGAAACAGACACAAUUUUGGGAGCAGGAAAAGAUGAUAAACAACUUGACCAGCCACAUGGCUUCCAUUUGUCAGAUCUGGUGUCUAGAUGCAUCGGGAGCUCAAAUAGAUCCGAUAUCAUAUGCUAUGUCAGACGCAAACACAAAAGGAAGAGGGAUUACUCGUGUUUCGUCCGCUCUCCCUGUGAGAGCUUGAGGCCAAGGUCCAAGCCUGCAGUAGUCGAGGAGUCGGAAUGGAGCAGAACAGCCGAGGCUUCUUUUGCUAAAAGGGGUAAGAGGACACAAGCAGUGGGAUCAUUUCAGUGUGAUAUUGAUCUGUGUGACAUGGCAUUUGAGACUAGGGCCGAACUCAAUGCCCACAAGCGCAAUAUUUGCACUGACGAGUCAUGUGGCAAGCGUUUCAGCUCACACAAAUACUUGAAGCGACAUCAGUGUGUCCACAGCGAGAUGAGGCCAUUUAAAUGCCCCUGGGAAGGUUGUAAAAUGACCUUCAAGUGGUUGUGGGCUCAGACUGAGCAUGUCAGAGUGCACACUGGAGAGCGGCCAUACAAGUGCUCGGCUCCUGACUGCGGGCAGACAUUCAGAUACGUAUCGGAUUACAGCCGGCACAGAAAGAAAUUUAACCAUUACUGACAGCUUCUAGUUUUCCGAGUUAUUGGCCGCAGCUCGGGGCAAAUCUCCAGCUGCUUGUGUCGGUGGGCCUUGUUUGUUGUAGUAGCUCAGCUCACGUAUUUAUUAACAACCUGACAGCUGAUAGGCCUAGUGAAUGUUCCCCGUUAACAAUGGGCUAGUAAUUUAGUCGGUGUAGGAGUUAGAAAUUGUUGGGGGGUGAAGUGCAACCCCCUUCUGUUGGUGUAGGUUUGCAUAAGCUGAUCACCCCCCACUGACACGUGGCCAUUCAUUAUUUGUUUCUCAGAUCAGUGAUGAUGUAUUUAAUCCCUGAUGACAAACUUCAUGAACACUGAAACCAUAUGAUGUCGGAUGUCAAAAUGAUCAGGGGUUGCCACCGUCCUCAUGUAAUUCCUGUCUUCGACACAUUGUCCAGGUCCUCAUUAUUCUGUCAUACUGUUUCAGCAGAUUACUUGUAUGCCUUUGUCUACGCGAAAUCUAAUCAUUUUUAAAUUCA